AUGUGCGACGACUGUGCAAAAGUGAAGGCUGAACUUUGGUGUAAAAAAUGUGAAGUUGCUUAUUGUUCAUCAUGUUGCAAAGUAGCUCAUGUACGAUCUGCUUUUAAAACGCAUGUAACAGUACCAAUUGAUUCGAAGCCAAUAGUGUUCAUUGAAUGCAGUGUGCAUUCUGAUGAAAAAUUAAAAUUUUGGUGUGACACAUGUAUGACACUUGUUUGCCGUGAUUGUAUAGCUGUGCGGCACCAAGGUCACGCAUGCACUGAAAUAUAUAAUGCAGCAACUGAGAAAGCAAAAGAGCAACAAUAUUGGUUAUCGAAAACAAAAUCAGCUUUGAAUCAAUUGAUGCAAAUGACUAUUACCAAUGAAAAUUCUACCAUUGAAAAGAUUACAACAGUUUUUGAGUGUAUACGUGCAAUAAUCACGAACCACGAGAAUGAACUGAAACAAAAGAUUCAUGUUAUCGAUGAGAGAAAUAAAGAUCUGGCUGAGAAUUAUCAAGCACAACUGAAAAGCAAACAAGAAGAGCUAAGCAAAUGGAACAGAGACUUUGAACAUAAUCUCUCAUUGAAGAAUCAUACGAAAUUAUUACAAAGCCAUGUAAAAUUAAUUGAAGACUUAAAGACCGCCGCACAAGAAUUAGCCGAAUUGAAAUCUCCUGCCAAAACUGAAUAUCAUAUUAAAGAAAUCGACCAGUUCCAAGAAGCUAUCACUGAUAUUUUACAACGAAUGCGCAUCUGCGAAUGGGAUCCAGGUCGUCCACUACGUGCCAGUUCAAUAAAUAUUCAUCCAAAUGCUCGAUGGCAACCAAAUGGUCUCAUUGUGGCGGGAGGAAAUGGAUGUGGCAAUGAAAUUCGUAAACUCUACAAACCAUGCGGCUUCUUUGUGGAUGAUGACGAAACGGUAAAUAUCGCUGAUCGAUCAAACCAUCGUAUUGUGCAAUGGAAAUCAAAUGCGACCAGUGGCCAAGUAGUUGCCGGCGGAAAAGGACAAGGAAAUGGGACUCAUCAAUUGUGGAACCCAUAUGAUGUGAUUGUCGACAAAGAGACAGAUAGUCUCAUUAUAUGCGAUAAUUCAAAUCAAAGAGUGAUUCGAUGGCCUCGUCAAAAUGGAACAAGUGGAGAAACGAUCAUCUCUAACAUUAAUUGUCGAGGUUUGACAAUGAACGACAGUGGAUCACUCUAUGUCGUUGACCAAGGAAACCAUGAAGUGAGACGAUACCAAAGAGGCGCAUCUCAAGGAGUAGUGGUAGCAGGUGGCAAUGGGAGUGGGAAUCGUCUCGAUCAACUCUCUUACCCACAAUAUAUCUUCGUCGAUCGAUAUCAUUCAGUGUACGUGUCUGAAUAUGGAAAUCAUCGUGUAAUGAAAUGGAUGGUGGGUGCAAAACAAGGCAUUGUCGUGGCUGGUGGCCAAGGACAAGGAAGUACUCUUGCACACUUGUCAUGUCCUCGAGGAAUCGCUGUCGACCAAUUGGGCACUGUCUAUGUGGCGGACCAAGGGAAUAAUCGAAUCAUGCGUUGGCCUAAAGGAGCCACUCAGGGAAGUGUCAUUAUUGGUGGAAACGGUCGAGGAGAACAAUUGAACCAACUCAAUCAGCCCUUCGGCUUGCUAUUCGAUCGACAUGGUGAUUUGUAUGUGGUCGGUAACGGAAAUCAUCGAGUACAAAAAUUCAAUAUUGACAGGAAUGAUUGA